AUGGCCCCGGCCUUCUCCGUCCCUGACGCAGAAGACCUCCCGGCCCGCAGAUCCGACGCCUCCGACGUCGCAGGCAACGUCUGGGACCUCGCGACCCUCCCCACGCCCCCCGCCGGCGGCGGCCGCGAGAUAUACAUCUACCGCAACACGUUCAACCUUGUCCCGCGCUCCAUCGGCGGCGGAGCCGGCGGCCUCAGGUCGCUCAAGUUCUUCGGCAACGAUGUGGAGGUGCUGCCCGCGGAUGCCGGGGGCGAGCUGGACGGGCUCGAGAGCCUCCAGGUCAAGGUGUCCGCGCCCAGGGUCUCAGGGGCGCCGCUCCGUCGGAUGCAGGCUCUCAAGGAGCUCGAGCUCUCAAUGGUGCCGCCCAGGCCGUCCUCGUGCUCCAUACUGGCGGAGGUUGCCGGGCUCAAGUGCCUCACGAAGCUCACCAUUUGCCACUUCUCAAUAAGGUACCUCCCUCCUGAGAUUGGUUCCCUCAGGAAGCUCCAAGAGCUUGACCUCUCUUUCAACAAACUGAAGAACUUGCCUAACUGUAUAAUUGAGUUGAGUGCACUGAAGUUCCUCAAAGUGACCAAUAAUAAGUUGGUGGAUGUACCCUCAGGAAUCUCCUCUUUGAGAUGUCUUGAAAGCCUUGACUUAUCAAACAACAGAUUGACUUCUCUUGGUUCGGUUAAACUUAUUUCUAUGCUUACGCUGCAGUAUUUAAACCUUCAGUUUAAUAGGCUCUCCCAUUCCAAUGUAAUUCCUUCAUGGAUAUGCUGUGAUAUGAGGGGAAACGUUGAAAAUGCUUUUAAGGGUUGCAAGCUGAAGUACACAGGUGUAGCAGACAUGAGUAGUUUAGCAGAAUCUAGUACUUCAAGUCGUGCUUGCGACACUGCCCUUUUAUGCUUACAACCAGAAGCUUCCCCAAAUUUGAAACACCAUACCCCACAGAAAAUGAAGAAGGGCUGGAGGAGACAGGAUUGCCUGCAACAACGAGCUCGCCAGGAGCGUUUGGAGUCGAGCAGGAGCAAGCUCAAUGAAAAAUACAUAGAUGAAAUGGCUGUGACCAUGGCUGAAGAUGAUUGCCCUUCUAGUUUGCAAGAUAUGGAAAACAAGCUAGGCAUCAGAACAAUUGACGAAGAAACCUCAGUACAGGACUCGUUGAAAGAAACGAGUUCUAUAUCUGAAGAUGUAUCUUCAAUAGUCGAUGAUGAUUUGGAUGGGCUUACAAAGGAUAGUGGCAUGAUGGUACAGGAUCACUAUGACGAGGAGAAACCUGGAUUCAAUAUGAGAGGUUACGAUGAUGACAAUUCUUGUAUCAGUGGGGAGCCUGCUUGUUUCAGCAGAGGCAGGAUCUGCAGCGUUGAAAAUGAACUAGAUGAUACUGCUUCAUCUGCCCAUGAUGUUGGUGAGAUUGCUCGUGACAAUCCUUCAGUGACAUCCAAGUGUGCUUCAAAAUCUAAAAGGCACCCUGAUAUGGACAGCAAUCCUAAACCAAGCAAAUGCCCUCGACCAAUUGAUGAACGCUCGAAACUUUCAUAUAAAUACAGUGUGGAAUCAUUUUGCAGCAUAGAUGACCAUCUACCAGAUGGUUUUUAUGACGCAGGCCGAGAUAUGCCCUUCAUGUCAUUAGAGGAGUAUGAAAGGAGUCUUGGGCUGUAUGCACGGGAGGUUAUUCUCUUGGACAGGAAAGAAGAAAUUGGUAUUGUACCUAUAGGUUCACUGCAAUUUGGUGUUUGUAGGCACCGAGCUGUCCUAAUGAAGUAUUUGUGCGACCGGGCGGACCCUCCAAUUCCUUGUGAGCUUGUGAGGGGCCAUCUUGACUAUACACCUCAUGCUUGGAACGUUGUUCCUGUUAGAAAAGGAAUGGCUGGGUAUAUACCGCUCAGUCGACUUCAAAUUGCACUCGAUGAUGAGGGUUAUACUCGGUGUUCCUUCCCAUCUGUCUCAUCAUGCAAAGAAAUUGAAGUUACAGCUUCUAGUUCUGUCUAUCACUGUAAAAUUGGUGCUGUUGAUGCUGCUGCAAAGAUACGAUAUCUGGAUACUCGCAGUGCCUCAAAUGAUGAAGUUAAACUUUUUGAAUACAAGCUUCUGGGAGAAGUAAGAAUGCUGGGUGCAUUAAGGAAGCACAGAUCCAUAGUGGACAUAUAUGGACACCAACUUUCAUCUAAAUGGGUUCAAGUCGAAGGUGAUAAAGAAUAUAGGAUAUUGCAGUCUAUAAUUUUAAUGGAAUAUGUAAAUGGAGGUUCUCUUAAGGGAUAUUUGACAAAGCUACUGAAGGAGGGCAAGAAGUGUGUCCCCAUUGAUCUGGCAGUUUACAUUGCUCGGGAAGUUGCUUGUGCAUUGUUGGAGAUGCACAAGAAGCUAGUUAUUCACAGGGACAUAAAAAGUGAGAAUGUUUUGAUUGAUCUGGAUUCCAAGAGGAAUGCUGGUGCACCCAUUGUCAAACUCUCUGAUUUUGACAGAUCCGUUCCUUUGCAUUCUUUAUCCCAUACAUGCUGUAUAUCUCACCUUGGUACACACCCACCCAAUGUUUGUGUUGGAACACCUUGUUGGAUGGCUCCAGAGAUUGUUAAGGCCAUGCAUGAAAAACACCACUAUGGGCUGGAAGUAGAUAUCUGGUCAUUUGGAUGUUUUCUAUUGGAGAUGCUUACACUUCGGAUGCCUUACCAGGGACUUUCUGACUCAGAAAUAUAUGAUCUGAUACUGAGGAAGAAACAGAGGCCAAGGCUAACUCAGGAAUUAGAAGCAUUCUGGACAUUGGAUGAGCCAGCUACAAGGCUAAAUUUAGGGAUCACAUCUGAUGCUCAUGCAGAUAAACUGAGACAUCUGAUAGAUCUCUUCUACCAGUGUACCAGAGGACAUGCAUCCAAGCGGCCCAAGGCUGAGCAAAUUUACAACUCACUGUGCUCCUUGCCCACAUGGUACGACAUGAGGUGA